CGUCACUCACUUGCACCCACUUCGAACGCUCUGCUCUCAGCUCUGUUUUCUCCGUCUAGGAAAAGAAAUGUCAGCUGCCUCCAAUUCCCUCCUCUCUCAUACUCUUUCUCAAUCUCUGAUCAAACCCAGAAGGCUCUCACAGUCCCCAAUCUCUCUUUCUCUCUCUGUACCUCGUUUUCUUUCUCUUCAAUCCAACCAGCGGUUCAGUUCCAUCGCAUUCUGUUCUCUAGAUGGACUAAACAACACCAACCAAGACAUACCCAUUGAAAAACAAUACCCAGCAUUUCCUGCGGUCAUAGAUAUUAAUCAGAUACGUGAAAUUCUGCCCCACAGGUUUCCGUUUCUGUUCGUGGAUAGAGUGAUUGAGUACAAUCCUGGGGUUUCAGCUGUUGCUAUAAAGAAUGUGACUAUAAAUGAUAACUUCUUUCCUGGGCACUUCCCUGAGAGGCCUAUUAUGCCUGGUGUUCUCAUGGUUGAGGCAAUGGCCCAAGUUGGAGGUCUGGUUAUGCUGCAGCCCGAAGUGGGAGGCUCCCGCGAAAAUUUCUUCUUUGCAGGAAUUGAUAAAGUGAGGUUUCGGAAGCCGGUGAUCGCCGGAGACACUUUGGUUAUGAGAAUGACACUUGUUAAGCUGCAAAAGCGGUUUGGCAUAGCAAAGAUGGAAGGGAAAGCAUAUGUUGGAGGUGAGGUGGUCUGUGAGGGAGAGUUCUUGAUGGCUACAGGGAGCGGCUGAUGUGCCCAUUUUGUAAUGCUUCUGUUUCUCAUUUGCCUCGUCACAUGUCGUUUCUUCGUUUCCUUUUACCUUUUUUGUUGCUCCUCUUCUGAAUUGAAACUCCAUGGCUUCCAAAUUUUGAAGUCAUUGCAUUUGAUUAUCGUUACAUGUGGACUUCAUUGAGAUGUGUAAAUUUCUUUUGGUACUAAAGGCUCAGCAUUGAAAACUUUUUGCACUCUU